UCUCUCUCUCUCUCACCCACUUGUACAGCCACUGUAUCUUUCCCUUACUUUCCAUCCCUCUUUUUCCCCUCAUUGCGGGCAUUUUGGUCGGUUGUUUGUGGCUGAUGAGGGCUCGUGCUAAGCUUCCUCUGCUCUGCUCAUGUGUGAAAUAUCGGUAUCAGGAUGAAGAGACUCCGCCCCUGGAGCACAGCCCCGCCCACCUGGCUCACAGCAAGAGCGCCGAGAUGCUUCACAUGAGUGAUAAGAACCUGGCUGCCAUGGACACCAUGCACAGUUACGCCCCACACACACACAUCUCACCAAUAAAGCCAGUGUUGCUGUCCUCUGGUCAAACCCCUCUGUACACCUCUGCGGUCUCCACACUGGCGAACUCUCCACCAGUGGUGGUAAAUACAGACACACUGGAUGGCUCACCGUAUGUCAAUGGAGCAGAAGGAGAGAUCGAAUAUGAAGAGAUUACGUUGGAAAGGGGGAACUCUGGGCUAGGCUUCAGUAUCGCCGGAGGGACUGAUAACCCUCAUGUCGGAGACGACCCCAGCAUCUUCAUCACCAAGAUCAUUCCAGGAGGAGCCGCCGCACAAGACGGGAGACUCAGCUGUCAGUUCAAAAGGUUUAUUUAUGACUGCGCACUGGCAGCUUCUGACAGAUGUUGCCUUAAUAACUUAUUUCCAUCUCUCUCUCUCUCUCUCUCUCUCUCGCUCAUCAAAGGGCCAAAAGGGCUAGGCUUUAGUAUAGCGGGUGGUGUGGGGAACCAGCACAUCCCUGGAGACAACAGCAUUUAUGUCACAAAGAUCAUCGAGGGAGGAGCGGCUCAUAAGGACGGGCGACUACAGAUCGGUGAUAAGAUACUGGCGGUGAAUAAUGUGUGUUUGGAGGACGUGAUGCAUGAGGACGCGGUGGGCACGCUGAAGAACACAGCAGAGGUGGUCUACCUCAGAGUGGCCAAGCCAAACAACCUGUACCUUACCAACAACUACAACCCACCAGACCUCACGAGCACGUACUCUCCGCAUCUGGACAUGGACCUCGGACAUCCAAACUUCCUGGCCUCGGAUUACCCACAAGCACUCACUCCCACCUCACCAAGCCGCUUUUCUCCAGUGCUGCAUGGCUUGAUGGGAGAUGAUGACUUACCCAGGGACCCGAGGCGUGUUGUGAUCCACAGAGGAUCGACGGGUUUGGGGUUUAAUAUAGUUGGAGGGGAGGAUGGUGAGGGAAUAUUCAUCUCUUUCAUCCUGGCAGGAGGCCCUGCGGACCUGAGUGGAGAACUGCGCAAAGGAGAUCAGAUCUUGAGU